ACAUGCAGGGCCUGUUCGAAGGCUCGCGUAACACUCGGGAGAAUCCUCAACGUGCUAGACACGCACGGCUGGCUGUUAGACUCGUAUGUCGUGCUCACGCGUCUGGCCAUUGUCUCUGCUCGCGCUUCGACAGGUUGCAAGGAAUUUGCAAUUGAGCAGAGAUCACCGAACUGACGAGAGUGCCUGGCGAUGUGACAGAAGGAGAAAGUUUUCCGACUCUAGUUCGGAAAACAUCGUUCUGGAAAACAAAAAGGAGGGAUCACGUGAUACUCCGGACAAACGUGACAAUCUUUUACUGAAACACGUUAAAAUAAAGAAGCGACAUGAAAUACAACAGAUAGCGCGGGUAUGCGCCGACUGUGCGCGAAAGUCCGACACGAGGUGCAUCGUAGACGUUGGUGCGGGUAUGGGUCAUCUAGCCCGAUCUUUAGCGUUUAAACAUGGCCUACACGUAAUGUGCAUUGAACAAGAUGCAUUACUGUCACAGCGAGCCAGAAAGUGGGACAGAGAAUUAUUAAUGACUCUACAUAAACAUUGGCCCGACUUGUCAAUAAACGCGCCGCAACACGUAUCGAUCAAACUGGAAAGUACCAGCUCCGAUCAGUCAGGGACGGUUGAGGAUAUACGAAGAAUUUUCAUCGAUAACUUUAAUUUAAACGCCGGGGAGUCUGGAUUUGGCAUCGUGGGGCUGCAUCCAUGUGGAGAUCUCGCAGCCACGUUGCUGAGACUUUACGCGUCUCGGUGCGAGCCGAGAUUUAUUUGCAUCGUGGGCUGUUGCUACAUGAAGCUCACAUUAGAAAAUUCCGCGGAUGUUGCAAAUGGAUAUCCACUCAGUAAAUAUCUGUCGUCCUUCGCGAGACACGAAUUGUCUUAUACGGCGUUGGAAGUGGCGUGCCAUGCUAUCGAGAGCUACUGCAGCAAACUGAAGACUGGAAACUACGAGGAUUUGAUAGUGCACGCCUAUAGAGCAGCUCUAGAGACAAUUUUAAUAAAACGAAACAGCCAGCUGCGUCACAGUCAAGUAAGAAACGUUAAAGUGACGAGACCUAUUACGUUUGAACAAUACUGCAUGGCCGCAACCUCGGACUUUGAACCGAAUCUCCGGCCUGAGGAUUCAGAUUUUCAGAAUCCGCAGAUAAAGAUUUAUCUGUGUCAGUGGCAGCAGAUUGUGAUAUUCGGAGCGUUGCGUACGAUGCUGGCACCGUUGGUGGAAACUGUGGUAUUGCUGGACAGAUUCCUGUAUUUGUCCGAAAAUGAUUUAUCUCCCGUAUUGAAGCCUAUUUUUGAUCCCAGAUUGUCUCCUCGAAAUUUUUUAUUGUUUUCAAUGAAAAGUCCCGAACAAUCGUUCUCUUGAUUAUUUGAAUCGUUUUAUACUUUAAACUAAUAAAAUCACAUUUAUCUUUUUAAAUAAAAUAUUUUAUUUCUUAUCUCUAAAUUAAUUAAAAAAAAUUUUUGUUUUAAAACUAUUUAAUUUAAUCAAAGAUAAAAUUAAUUUUUUUCGCAAAUUUGAUCAAAAUACACUUGUAUGUACGUAAUUUUUGGAUAUAACUAAUUGCUUAAAUAUAACAAUUACAAUGACAUUUUAUUUAAAAAAUUGAACUAUUUCCACACAAGCAUAAAAA